GUCUUCGUGGGUUAGGAAGGGAAAGCAAAUAAGUAGUUCAUCUCAUGGAAGUAAAUUGCCCUUCUUCGGUUUUAAUGAAAAAAUAAAGCAUUGAGCCGAUUUCAUUGCAUCCCCGGUUUUAGUCGGGGCCACCCACCGUAGACCACGGAGUAUUGUUGAUCCUAAAAACACCGGCAUCCUCGAAAUUUCUCAAACUGCAAUGAGGACAUGCCGGUUAUAAGAAAGAACUGACAUCUCCGAAAAGAAACACCAUACACACGGUAUCCUCGCCCAUCAUACUUUUCUUCUCGCUUCGUCUUUUACUGGAGUCAUCCGCAAUUUUUAUGGAUAUCCCUCUUUGAACCUUCGAAGACGGGCCCUCAAAAAACAAGGACAACCAUCAUGACGAUGCGCAAUCCACACCUCGGCUUCUUACCCUCACGCCUCAUGAAACCUUUUAGUAUCACAAGAAAAUGCAUUCGAUGUCUCCACAAAAACACUGCGACGCCUUUCGUGCCGGCACCAACCCCAUUCGUCCCUGAUGUCCAAACCUUUCUCACUUUGAUCGGCCGCGGCAUGUCUAAGCAUGCGAGCAAGCUUCCUUCUUGGGACAAGCUUUUCUCUCUCUCCUCUCCCGAGCUCCGAGAUUUGGGCAUUGAGCCUACGCGUCAGCGACGAUAUCUGCUUCGGAAACGCGAGAAGUUCAGGAAUGGCAUCUAUGGCCCCGGCGGAGACCUGGAGACUGUUGUCGACGGCAUGGCGCAAUUGCGAGUUGUGGAGGUUCCCAUGGAAAUGAAGCAUUUUAAAAAUGGUAAAGGAGGCUCUUCAGCCCCCUUGACCUCUUCUGCUACCUUGACCCCUGGGAUGAAAAAGGUUGUCGUCAAUCUGUCUCCAGAUGCUACUGAGUACAACCACGAUCCGUCGAAGCCCCUCAAAAGAUUCGCACAAAUGAAGAUUCAUAAUGGUUCUAUGAUCAAGGGGCCGUUUCUACAACCUAUCAAGGGGAGCGAUGGUGGAGCAGCCUUGAUCAAGGUCCAGGAGGGCAUGUGGGAGGACAAGCUCGGUCACAAGGUGGAUGGUGGAGAGAGGAGGCGCGCCGAAGUCAGGGCCAAAAAGAGAAGUGAAGAAAGAAGAAAAGGGAUUGCUUAAGUCUGAGUGUAUAUGAACACUCAUCUGUCAAAGAGCGUGCUACCUGGGGGUAAUUUUUCCCGUGUAUAAUAUCUACAUCACCUUUUCUGUACCAUCAAGGGUGCCAAUUAUUGUUUUUCAUGUCUGCGGUUUUAGUCUACAUUGCAAUCAACAAGCUGUCUUGAAGACAUCCCAUUUAUCAUCUAUGGUUCAUGCGUAACAUAAUUAAACUGAUGUACCUGAAGUAAAGAAUGAAAGAAAAGAA